AUCAAUUUCCAUUCGCUCCAAAAUUCGAACUAAGAGCACUACACGGAUCUUCUUCUUUCUUCUUUAAAUUAAACAUGUGUGUUAGUGUUAAGGAGCCUUCUGUUCCACCUUCUUUCUUCUCUCCUUCAGAUUUCUACGCAACCCUCCUCCAGACAAGCCUAAAGACGAACAUCCCGAUUGCUGGAAAAUCGAUUCAUGCUCGAAUUAUCAAAACUGGGCUUCACCUCGGCGUGUUCUUAACGAACAAUCUAAUCAAUUUCUAUGCCAAGGCUGGAUCAGUUUCUGAUGCCCAUAAGUUAUUUGAUGAAAUGCCUCUGAAGAAUACGUUUUCUUGGAACACGAUACUCUCGGCUUAUGCAAAACAGGGGAGGAUGGAUGUAGCGUGUCGGAUUUUUGAGGAAAUGCCUGAUCACGACUCGGUUUCAUGGACUACGAUGAUCGUGGGUCAGAACCAACUACGUUGCUUUCAUAAUGCCAUUUGGAUGUUCCUAGAGAUGAUUUGGUCUAGAGUUCCACCCACCAAAUUCACAUUUACAAAUAUCCUUGCCUCCUGUGUGGCCCUGGGAGAUUUGGAUUUAGGCAGGAAGGUUCAUAGCUUUGUUGUUAAACUUGGGCUAAGUAGUUACGUUCCUGUUGCAAAUUCCCUUCUCAAUAUGUAUGGAAAGUCUGGGGAUCCGGUGACAGCAAAAGUUGUUUUCGAUAGGAUGAGAUUGAGAAGCAUAUCAAGCUGGAACACAAUGAUUUCAUUGCACACACAAUAUGACCGAUUUGAUCUCGCUCUUGCCCAAUUUGAGCAGAUGACAGAGCGAGAUGUUGUUUCUUGGAACGCUAUGAUUGCAGGUUACAAUCAGCAUGGACAUGAUCUAGAGGCAGUACAUUUCUUCUCAAGACUGCUGAAAGAAUCUUCUACAAUGCCGGAUAAGUUCACCUUAGCUAGCACUCUGUCGGCAUGCGCCAAUCUUGAGAUGUUGAAACCUGGGAUGCAAAUACACGCUUACACCUUCAGAACAGGACUGAAUAUUUAUGGACCAGUUCAGAACGCUUUGAUCUCUAUGUACUCCAAAUCUGGUGGGGUCAAAAUUGCCAGAAAAAUAGUCGAGAAAAGCAUGACCACCAAUCUCAAUGUGAUCUCAUUUACAUCUCUACUUGAUGGCUACAUCAAACUUGGGGACAUAAACCCUGCAAGACAGAUCUUCGACUCAUUAAGAGACCGCGAUGUGGUUGCAUGGACUGCCAUGAUUGCAGGCUACGUGCAGAAUGGCUUUAAUAAGGAUGCAAUAGAUCUCUUCAGAUUAAUGGUGGAUGAAGGACCCAAGCCAAACAACUACACCCUAGCAGCCAUGUUGAGUGUUUGUUCAAGCUUGGCUUCACUGGAACAUGGGAAGCAGAUCCAUGCCAAUGCCAUAAGGUCAGGAGAAGACUCGUCAGUUUCUGUAGGCAAUGCCCUCAUCACCAUGUAUGCCAAGGCUGGAAACAUUGAAGGGGCAAGACGUGUGUUCAAUCAGAUUCACUUGAACAGGGAUACUGUAUCUUGGACUUCCAUGAUCAUAGGUUUAGCUCAACAUGGUCUUGGAGAAGAAGCAAUAAAACUGUUUGAAAUGAUGCUGGUUUUCGAAAUCAAGCCUGACCAUAUAACAUAUGUUGGUGUGAUCUCUGCCUGUACACAUGCAGGUUUGGUAGAACAAGGCAAGAACUAUUUUACUUUGAUGCAAAGCAUACACAGGAUUAAUCCCACCCCAAGCCACUAUGCAUGCAUGAUUGAUCUGUUUGGACGAGCUGGGUUGCUUGAAGAAGCUCAACAUUUCAUUGAGAAGAUGCCAAUCAAACCAGAUUCUAUAGCCUGGGGUUCACUUUUAGCUUCUUGUAAGGUCCACAAAAAUGUAGAGCUGGCAAAAAUUUCUGCAGAGAAUUUACUAAGUAUAGACCCAAAUAACAGUGGGGCCUACUCGGCACUAGCUAAUGUCUAUUCUGCAUGUGGAAGAUGGGAUGAUGCUGCUAAGAUCCGGAAGUUGAUGAAGGAUAGGGGAGUAAAGAAAGAACAAGGGUUCAGUUGGGUUAUAAUAAAUAAUGAAGUCCAUAUAUUUGGGGUUGAAGAUGGACUCCACCCACAGAAAGAUGCAAUCUACCAGAUGAUUGCAAAACUCUGGAAGGAGAUCAAGAAAAUUGGUUUUGUUCCAGAUACAGAAUCAGUAUUACACGAUCUUGAUGAAGAGGUGAAAGAGCAGAUAUUAAGCCACCAUAGUGAGAAGAUUGCAAUUGCAUUUGGGCUGAUAAGUACUCCAGAAAAUACAACAUUGAGGAUCAUGAAGAACCUUAGAGUAUGUAAUGACUGCCACUCUGCCAUCAGGUUUAUCACCAAGGUUGUGGGAAGAGAAAUCAUCCUGAGGGAUGCUACUCGGUUUCACCAUUUUAAAGAUGGAUUAUGUUCGUGUCAGGACUACUGGUAAGAAAGAAAUAUCAGUGUAAAUCUAUGGAUUUUGGAGGAGGAAUUUAGGCCUCAUUGAAAUACAAAAAUGUGCCGUUUAUACUAAAGGACAUCCAAAAAUUGAAGUUCUCCUGUUAACAUAAACCAUUUCAAAGAUGGAUCAUGCUCUAUCAAGAUUACUGGUAAGAGAAAAACAAAUAUCACUCUACAUCAAUGGAUUUUGGGGAGGUGACCUCAUUGAAGUACAAAAACAUACCAUUUAUGUUAAAGGACAAAAAAUGAAGCCUUGAUAUUAAAAUACCUUGGGACUAGGCAUAUUAUUGUGCUGUGUUUCAAGGUAUCUUUGCUUGCAUUGCUGCAAAUGGAAUUGAAAGAAGGUAACAAAAAGGGUUCUCUGGUAUACAACAUGGGCCACCAUGUCUUUCUUGGAUUCAGCUUGAAAGGUAUGGGAAAGCAGAGUAGUGGGUGCGCCAUGUGCAGGUUGAAUCCUGUUCCCUGUUCCAACCUGACUUCUG